CAGGAGGUGCUCGGCGAACCUACCGUGGCUCUGACCAAGCUCCGCGACCUCUGCUUCAGCGGAAUUCCCUUUGAUGGUGGGCUGCGCUGCCUGUGCUGGAAGAUACUUCUGAACUACCUCCCUUUAGAGAAAGCCUUAUGGAGCUCUUUGCUGAAGAAACAGAGGGAUCUGUAUUCCCAGUUCCUAAAGGAAAUGAUUAUCCAGCCUGGGAUUGCCAAAGCCAACCUGGGUGUUUCAAGGGAAGAUGUGACCUUAGAAGAUCACCCUCUCAAUCCAAACCCAGACAGUCGAUGGAAUACUUACUUCAAGGAUAAUGAAGUGCUUCUCCAGAUAGACAAAGAUGUCAGGAGGCUGUACCCUGACAUGGCGUUCUUCCAGCGCCCAACGGACUACCCCUGCCUUUUAAUCCUGGACCCCCAAAAUGAGUUUGAGACGCUGCGCAAGCGGGUGGAGCAGACCACACUCAAGUCACAGACGGUGGCACGAAACCGCAGUGGGGUUACAAAUGUGAGCUCCCCUCUUAAAACAACACCUAAUUCCCUGGGCGAGUAUGAAGUUCUGCCCAAUGGCUGUGAAGCUCACUGGGAAGUGGUGGAGCGAAUCCUGUUCAUCUACGCCAAGCUGAACCCUGGGAUAGCGUACGUUCAGGGGAUGAAUGAGAUCGUGGGGCCUCUUUACUACACCUUUGCUACAGAUCCUAACAGUGAGUGGAAAGAACAUGCUGAGGCUGACACGUUUUUCUGCUUUACCAAUCUAAUGGCUGAAAUUCGGGACAACUUCAUUAAAAGCCUGGAUGAUUCUCAGUGUGGUAUUACCUACAAAAUGGAGAAGGUCUACUCCACCCUGAAGGAAAAAGAUGUGGAGCUGUAUUUGAAACUGCAAGAACAGAACAUCAAACCCCAGUUCUUUGCCUUCCGCUGGCUGACACUGCUCUUGUCCCAAGAGUUCCUGCUGCCAGAUGUGAUCCGUAUCUGGGACUCCCUCUUUGCUGAUGAUAAGCGCUUUGAUUUUCUUCUGCUCGUCUGUUGUGCCAUGUUGACACUAAUCCGGGAUCAGUUGCUGGAAGGAGACUUCACUCUGAACAUGAGGCUGCUACAGGAUUAUCCUAUCUCUGAUGUUCACCUGAUUUUGAAGAAGGCAAAGGAACUUCAAGAUUCCAAAUAAUCUAUGAGCCUAACAAAAGGUGUCAGAGAAACUGUAUGGCAGCAGAUCCCAGGAGAUGCCCCCAUGCAGUGUGGUGCAUUAAAGCUCCUAGUGGUCUCUGCAGGACUUCAGGUUUUGUGUUUGGGCUACUGGCCACUUUGAAGACUUCCUUCUACUCUAUUUAUUAGGUCAAGGACUGAUUACUUCCCCAUCUACUUGGGUCCUGCACUCCAGAUUUUUUCAAAUCUCAAAUGCCUCUGUGCUGCCAAAAGCAGUUCUUUGUAUCUUUUUUAAUGACUUUAAGUUUGGGGAGAAAGAAAGGAUCUGUCUGGAUAUCCCUGAAAGGAUGGACUCGUGCAUCACAGAAGUAGCUCACAUGGAGUAACUCCUGAUGGG